AUGGCCCAAAUUUUGAGAGCUGCGUCGGUAAUUUGCGCAGUAUGGUUUAAUUGGAUAGCCUUUGUCGACGCAUUUGUUUGUGAUUUCAGCCGUCCGUAUGAUUUGUUUAGAAAAAAUGCCAUCGUUACGUGUGACAUGGAUGUCAGCGUAUUAAGCUCUGCAACUGUGAUCUGCCCACGCAUAGUCAACUACACCGAAUAUGUUUGGCAUCAACCGAUAAAGUCUGAUGAGAAAGGUCAAAUCAAGACGAAUGUGGGUGGCAAAGAUAAGUUUGGUUCUCUCCCAAUUUCCGACUUGUUAGUGACAGAAUCAUUACGUGCCUUGCUUUGGAUUGAAUCAAAAGAGUUCCAUACAGAUUUGCAUAUUGAACUUGGCGAUGAUGACAUAUAUGCUAUUACUAAAAACCGUCUGGCUUUUAUAUGCGGACCUAAGGACUUGCUUUUGAGUGAUGCAUUGCUACGUCACCUCGACCGCCUCAACGGAUUUCGUCUCAUAGAAGAAAUUCCUUGGACUGCAGCCACUCCAUUGAUACAAGAAAUGUCGAAAAUAGGAAAGGGUUUGGGUGUGUUUUUCUUGAAUAGAAGAGACACGGCCCUUCCUUUUCAAGGUUGUGGGAGCCGUCCUUCACCUCUUUUUGCACCGGACAACGUGGUUAGUGAGGAUGAGUUUACUGGCACGCGUUCAUGUGUAGCGGAUCCUAUGUCUAAAUCACCUAUCGGAUUUCUAUGCGAAGGCCGUAUCGAACCUAGUGAUUGUUUUAGGUCACUCUUGGAUGAAAACGGCAAAAUCGUAAUUGCUCCUCUACCACAUUCAUAUAAGCAUGUAUAUAAUCGUGGAAAAUGGGUUGUAGCGAGAUAUUUUAAUGACGUCGCAUUACCCCGCUUCAACGGCGAGUGUCGAUGCAUAGAUCCUGGGACUGGUCACGUGAAAGCAAGGAUAGAGAUCCGUUCGAAAAAAGAAUACGUGUGUGACAUAGCUAGCAUGAUCGAACAGCCAGAUAAGAGUGUUGUCGAUGGUCCUAGGUGUUCGGUGCUAAUUCAUCCCGGUAGCACACUGACCAUACGGUUCCCAACAGAGGGUUUGAAUCCGGCAUCUACCGACGAGAAACUUUCGAGUGCCCCGCGCUCGCAACUGCUAUCGAUCAAUGAAUAUGAAACUGAACUACUGCCGAAAGAUUUGACGACGUUGCGACAACAGACGUAUUAUCAUGACCCGGAGAGUUACAACGAAAUAUCCUACCACGAUGCCCUUGCUGAUGAUGUGCUUGAGUUGGACCGGUCCCAAAUUGCCAAGGGCGAGAUUAGACUGAAUUACCAUACGGACAGACCGCUCACAUUACUAGGAGGGCACAAUUCAUUCUUCUUUCAUUGGACAUUGAAAUCAAGGAACAAGCAUGUUCCGGAUAAGAUAAGCGCAACCAUCAAUGUCUCUUUCGCGUUAACCCAUCGCUACAGUACAGCUGGUUGUGAUGAGGGGGAACCCAGCGUAUUUGAUCCAAAGAUAAGCUACAAUCAUUGCUCAGUGAAAUAUAUGAGGAAUGGAAUUGGGAGUGUUUAUGAAUGCCUUUACAACACCAACUUGGAUCGUAUUCAGGUUGGGAUUCGUUGCAGGCCAAACGAGGAAUUGUUGCCAAAUAAUUGCGAUAACACAGCUUACGACCUCUACUAUGAUCGUAUUAUGCAACUCCCCCAAUAUGCGCGUAAUGUGACGCCUACUCCUAUUCCAGGAUUUCGGGUGUUCGAAAUAAAGUCCGAUACGCGGAGUGACGUUUAUGCUUGUAUAUGUGCCGACGAACAUGGUUACGAAAAAUCCAGACUUGUUGUAGAACGUAAUAAAGAAUCUUUUCAUCACUCCAAUGUGCGUGAAGCAGCCACGUCUGGCUCAUUACAACCCUACGUGUUGUUACCUUGGACCGAGACAGGGUUAUCUAGUAAAGAAACAACCUCAAAACUAUCGCUUAUCCUACACAACAUAACUAAAGAAACAGUUGUAUUAGCCUUGGGCACAACUCUGAUCAUUCGUUGUGGAGUAAGUCCGGAGCUCCGGCACCUUGAAUACAGCGGAAAAAUAACAACGACAUUGCUACCAAAUGACCCCGAACUGUUCUAUUAUACUGUCAACAAUAUUUCAAGUACACCUGAGCUUGCACUUAGAACUUACGAAGAGUCAUUUGGUACUACAUCAGGAGGAUUUACCAUCACUUACGAAGAGCAUUCAGCGACAUAUCAAGAAUUGACGAUAAAAUCGCGUAGAGGUGCUAUUCUGAUAUCUAAAGAUCCCAUCCACAAGAAUUAUGUGCCGAUGACGUUUGUCUGCGCUAAGAGACCAGAACCUUCCGAUUUGUACAUAGUCAUACGGGAUGAUCAUGGAUCGUAUACGCGUACACCGUACCUUCUACGUCCCAUAGAAGCAACGAAACAAUACGCACCGACCCAAGUUCAACUUUUCGUCGAGACCACAGACCCGUACAUGCAAGGCUGCGGUGUCGCUUACGAAUCGGAUGAUCUCUUCAAGCCGGAGACACCCCUAAUCUACGAUUCUAUUGGACAAGACGUCGGUUGCAAGAUAGACCUUCCAUCUGCUAAAGAAGCGGCAUUCUACUGCCCAGCACCGUACGUCCUGGACCCACCCAACUGCUUCUACCAGGUUUACGUGCACGGUGAAGAGAAGGACCUUAGCGAAAUAAGCAACUCGUUGGUAGCAUCGCACAGUAAUCACUUUGUCACACUGAAGUUCAAGAGCAAACUGGUAGAACUGGGAGGAAAACGGCGCAAGACCCCGCCGUUGGAGUGCCGCUGCGUCACCGUCAAGGGUGUCGUCCUGUCUACCAUCCAGAUCGAGAACUACUACGCCAAGUAA